GUUUGAUUGCAAACACAUCAAAAUAAAUUGCAAUAGUCUGAUAAAAAAAAAUGAAGAAUUUUUGUUUGUGCUUAAUAGUUUUAAUUGGAUUUUCUUUCAAUGUUCAAGGAACUAGCAAAUUCCUCGAACCAUUAAACCUCAAUGUCUUCUGUAAUGGAUUCUUAUUCAAUGCCAUUCCUCAUCCAAGUGAUGAUAACUUAUUCAUUGGAUGCAUUGAAGAAAAAGGAACAAUAUUCGGAUGUGAUGCUGAAAACUUUGUAUUUGAUCCAAUAACAGUUAAAUGUGUUGAUCCGAAAUUGAUUACAAUAACAACUGAAUCGCAAACUACACCAACUACCAAUAGAAUUACAACAACAAGCAACAAUUCAACAACAGUACCACAAUCUACGACAACAACAUCAAGUGGAAGCAUCUUCGUGAGAUUUUCAUGUCCAUCGUCUGGAAUUGGACUCAUUCCUCAUAAAACUGAUUGUACAAGAUAUUAUGAAUGCAUUCGAGGAAUAGCUAGUCCAAGAACAUGCGGUACAGCUGGAUAUCAUUAUGAUGUUAUAACAAAACAGUGUCAACCUGCAGAUGUAGCAACUUGUGGAAAUACAAUCAGAUGUUUUUAAUGUUUGACUAUAAAAAAUAUCUUCAAUUUUUAAAAUUUUAGUUUUUAUGUCAUUUUAAAAUAAAUUGUAAAGCUCGAUAAAUUUAUAUUAAUAAAAAAAAUGAUUGACUUUUUAUUGUAUUGUUCCAG